UCGACGCGCGGCUCACACCCCGAGCACCUCGCACGCUGAUUGGCUGCGCGCGCCGCCGGUCGGGCCCGGGAGGGCGGGGCGGGCCGAAGGGAAAGGAGGUGGGGAGGUAGUAGCCGCGACUCUCGGAGCCCUGCUCGCGCUCUGGCCCUUCCCGGGCACUCAGCCUUCUUCCUUCCCUCCUCUGCUCGCCCCGUCUUCCGUGCACGGCGAGCGCUGCGCUCGGCCGGCGUGCCUCGCGCCCUAACGGGCGGCCGGGGGCGCCAAUCAGCGGGCGGCAGGGUGCCAGCCCGGGGCUACGCUGGCGAAUCGGCGGGGCUCGCGGCCCGGGGUGGGAGGCGGGUCUACCGCGCGGCCGCGGCGGCGGAGAAGCAGCUCCCAGCCAGCAGCCAGCGAGCGCCGAGCGAGCCGCCCGGAGGUGGGUGCGCCGCGCCGCUGCGGCCGGCGGCGGAGGGCGCAGGGCGGAAGCAGAGGUUAGAUAAAGGAGGAUAUUUUCUUAGUGUGGAUUGCUGCCUUUGGUAAGAACAUGUCGUCCAUCUUGCCAUUCACUCCACCAGUUGUGAAGAGGCUGCUGGGAUGGAAGAAAUCUGCAGGAGGAUCAGGGGGAGCAGGUGGAGGAGAGCAGAAUGGACAGGAAGAAAAGUGGUGUGAAAAGGCGGUUAAAAGUUUGGUGAAGAAGCUAAAGAAAACAGGACGAUUAGAUGAGCUUGAGAAAGCCAUCACCACUCAAAAUUGUAAUACUAAAUGUGUCACCAUACCAAGCACUUGCUCUGAAAUUUGGGGACUGAGUACACCAAAUACGAUAGAUCAGUGGGAUACAACAGGCCUUUACAGCUUCUCUGAACAAACCAGGUCUCUUGAUGGUCGUCUUCAGGUCUCUCAUCGGAAAGGACUGCCACAUGUUAUAUAUUGCCGACUAUGGCGCUGGCCAGAUCUACAUAGUCAUCAUGAACUCAAAGCAAUUGAAAACUGCGAAUAUGCUUUUAAUCUUAAAAAGGAUGAAGUAUGUGUAAACCCUUACCACUAUCAGAGAGUUGAGACACCAGUUUUGCCUCCAGUAUUGGUGCCACGGCACACUGAGAUCCUGACGGAACUGCCGCCUCUGGAUGAUUAUACCCACUCCAUUCCAGAAAACACUAAUUUUCCAGCAGGAAUUGAGCCCCAGAGUAAUUACAUCCCAGAAACGCCACCUCCUGGAUAUAUCAGUGAAGAUGGAGAAACAAGUGAUCAACAGUUGAACCAAAGUAUGGACACAGGAUCUCCAGCAGAACUAUCUCCUACUACUCUUUCCCCUGUUAAUCAUAGUUUGGAUUUGCAGCCAGUUACGUACUCAGAACCUGCAUUUUGGUGUUCAAUAGCAUAUUAUGAAUUAAACCAGAGGGUUGGAGAGACCUUCCAUGCAUCACAGCCCUCACUCACUGUAGACGGCUUCACAGACCCAUCAAAUUCUGAGAGGUUCUGCUUAGGUUUACUCUCCAACGUCAACCGAAAUGCUACCGUAGAAAUGACAAGGAGACAUAUAGGAAGAGGAGUGCGCUUAUAUUACAUAGGUGGGGAAGUUUUUGCUGAGUGCCUAAGUGAUAGUGCAAUCUUUGUGCAGAGCCCCAAUUGUAAUCAGAGAUACGGCUGGCACCCUGCAACAGUGUGUAAAAUUCCACCAGGCUGUAAUCUGAAGAUCUUCAACAACCAGGAAUUUGCUGCUCUUCUGGCUCAGUCUGUUAAUCAGGGUUUUGAAGCCGUGUAUCAGCUAACUAGAAUGUGCACCAUAAGAAUGAGUUUUGUGAAAGGGUGGGGAGCAGAAUACCGAAGGCAGACGGUAACGAGCACUCCUUGUUGGAUUGAACUUCAUCUGAAUGGACCCCUACAGUGGUUGGACAAAGUAUUAACUCAGAUGGGAUCCCCUUCAGUGCGUUGCUCAAGCAUGUCAUAAAGCUUCACCACAAUCAAGUCCCAUCAAAAGACUUAAUGUAACAACUCUUCUGUUAUAGUGUUUGUGUGUGGUCCCCAUGGACUGUUUACUAUCCAAAAAUUCAAGCUAGAAAACAGCACUUGAGGUCUCAUCAAUUAAAGCACCUUGUGGAAUUGGUUUCCUGUUUUCAAAUAGUAGAUGGGAAAAUUAGUGUCUAGAAAUACCUUCCCAUAAAGGAGGAAGAGAAGAUUUUAAAGACUUGCUGAUGUCUUGUUGGGCAUAAAACUGAGUGUCCCAAAGGUUUAUUAAUAUCAGUAGUAGUUAUGUGUACAGGUAAUGUAUCAUGAUCCAGUAUCACAGUAUUGUGCUGUUUAUAUACAUUUUUAGUUUGCAUAAAUUAGAUGUGUGUGUGCUGCUUCUUGAUUUAGGCAAGCCUUUAUAAAGUUACAGUACCUAAUCUCUUAUUCCCACUUCUCCGUUAUUUUUGUGUGUCUUUUUUUAAUAUAUAAUAUAUAUCAAGAUUUUCAAAUUAUCAUUUAGAAGCAGAUUUCCCUUGUAAAAAAAAAAACAACUAAUUUUUCUGCCUUUUACCAAAAAUAAACUCUUGGGGGAAGAAAAGUGGAUUAACUUUGGAAAUCCGUGACCUUAAUGUGUUCAGUGGGUCUUAAAACAUUCAUUCUUAUUUGUUUACUGCUAAAUGUCAUUAUAAGGGAGCUUUGCAGAAAAUCUUUCCAAACCUCUUCUCCAUUCCUACUUUUGUCCUGAUACCAAAACAGCGUAGUGUGACAUCCAUCACCAAUAAUGGUUGCACUGAUACUGCCCGCACCAAUUAAUUCUGGAUACAGUAAGAAUUCAUAUGGAGUAAGUCUCUUAGUCUUACACCAAAUUUCAACAGAUGAUAAUUGACUUGUGUAACCUAGCAGUCUAUUGAUUUAUCCUUAUACCUCCUAAAAAUGCACAGGUGGCAGUAUAAUUAUUUUCAGGGAUAUGCUACAAUUAUAUUUAUCCUUUUUUAAAAGCCAAUCUAUAGAUAUAAACACUCUUUUUAAAAAGGUAUUUUUAAAUAUUUCAAUAGCAGACCUAGUGCUCUUUGAUUUGAGUUUCAUUUUAUUUAGGUACCAGAUUGUAUUAUGAAUGGACCUUUUGUAAAUGUAAUCGCUUCUGCAAAUUACCUAGAAAAGUAUUGCUGAGAUAUGAUCAGCAGAUAAGGGCCAUCUGUUUUUAAAGUAUGUUGUAUUCAAUUUAUAAAAUCUAUGUUAUUUUACAUAAUUAUGAAUUCAGAAUUUUAAAAAUUGGGGGAGAAGCAGUUUAGCAACUUUUUUAGCUUAUAAUUAAUUACCUACGGUCUGAACUGUUCUUAACUCAUCCUGAGUAUAUGGCUGACUAUUAGAACCAACCAUAUUUUAUGUUCUGCAGUGAGAGGAGAUUCCAGAAGCUCUGUUGGUAGUCCAUUCUGCAGCAGAUAAUCCUAUCUCUAAUGUUAACUCAUUGCUGUUUAAACAUUUCUUGUUUGCAUCUCAAUAGAAAUUAAAAGUAAGCACUCCUCAUCUCUUUCUAGUAAAUUUUCAUGUUUUUAAAGAUAACUAUCUUAGGUACUUGUUUUCUGAAACCAUAUUCACCUGUCUCUACAGGUGUCAUUUUUUAAUAUUUUGCAGCAUUUGGUUGUUUUCUAUUAGAUAUUCCUCAUUUUCCAAUAUUUGUACGUGUGUUCUUGUAAAAUUGGUAUAGUAAUUUUUUAUUCAUUUAACAAAUAUUUAUUGUUCACCUGUUACAUGUGCCAGGAACUUUCUUAGCCUUUGGGUGAAGGUGAACAAGACAGAUAGGGUCCUGCAUUUGCUGAGACAGCAGUUACUGUAACCCUUAAUCAGCUUCUUUGUCUAUGAAGGAGAUAAACAGGGUCCUGUGAUUGAACAUCACAGAGGGAAGGAAGGCUUCUCUAAGGAAGUGAUGCUUGAGCUAACACUUGGCACGAGAAAGCAAGCCAUGUGGAGAGCCAGGGACAUAGGCAUUCCUGGCAAAGAGAACUGCAUCAAAAGCAAAGGCCCAUUUUACAGGAAACUCAUUAUUAGGUAUGAGUGCUUUAUACAGACACCUCUCUCCAGAUCCAAACCUGAGGAUCAGAAUGGUUCUAUAAUUUAUAAUAGUUGAAGGUGGCCUUAUUUUGUGAUAGACUGCUUCACGUGUCAUUCUCAGUAAUAAUUUUUUUCCUCAAGCCUUUGCUGUAAGAAGUUUGUCGUUUGCACCAGGUCAAAAACAUUUAAUUUAACGACCCUUUUUAAAAUCUGCCUUGGGCCAGUUUUCACCAUAGUGUCUGGCUGCUUGCUUCCAGACUCCCCGCUGCCCCCCCCCCCCCCAAUUACUGCUCCUACAGUCCCUGUUGUGAUUGACGUAAAGGUCCCAGGUACUAACCACUGGCAGGUCUGCUGAGAUAACCAGUGGAGCCUCUGCCCUUUGGGGGUGUUGACUCCCUUGAGAACUAGUAGAGAUGAUGUCAGGGAACAGUUCUGGGGACAACAGCUUUGAAAGUGGUGGAAGGUGCUGGCAGUUACUCUCGCAUUGAUAAGUAAAGCAGUGCCGACUGCAGCAUUUCAGUAGUGGAUUAUGCUCUGCGAUUACGGUGGGGUUCUUGUGUACACUGUGAAGCUGGGACUCAACUCUUAGGAAACACCGAUCGUAUUUAGCAGUUGACUUCACGGUGGUGACUAUAUUUGUGUGAAUAUGUUUAAUGAUCAUGGCCACAUUUGCUUUUUUUUUAAUUUACAAAUUCUUAUUUCUGAAAUUUCUGGACCACAGUUGACCAGGGUUAACAAACCAUAGAAAGCAAAACAGAUGGGGGGUGGAAGUAGGAGGCUACUGUUGUUAAUAGAGAGGCAAAAUUGGCCCAUUUUACAUUAGUGAUAGAGAUGUUUUUAAGCAGUACCUUCCCUUGAAUUUCCUCUUGAUGAAGAUGAUGAGCUAAAAAGCAUUUUUUUGUCUGCUUUUUUUCCUCACGUUCAGUUAGUCCCCCAAAUAUAUGGCAGUUUCCUGCACUGUUCACAAUUCAGAUUUCUUGGAAUAUUUCAACAAAAGAGCAUCUGCAGUGCCCAAGUAGUAAUCCCAACCAGUGGCUUUUUUCCAUGUUUGCUUUCUAAUGACAUGCUAUUUUUGCAUUCUGUAUUGUCUACUGUGGCCUAAUGUUGAUCGUUUGGGUUUUUUUCCCUUUAUAGGGUUGUUUUCAUUCUUCUAAGUGCUAAGAUUUCCUCUCUGUUGAAUUUUGUCUCUAUUUAAAUGAGAAGCACUAUUUGGAAUUUCUCCUCCACAGUGCUGAUAAUUUCAACUUAACAACAUGAAACUGACUGACCACGCUGUUACAUUUAGGUGAAUGGCAGUUUUCACAGUGGAUUCCAUAGAGACCCGUAGGGAAUAGGAGGUUGGUGAUACUCCCCCCCCCAACUUUGAUCUACCAGUGGUGGCUUCAUUUUUAUUCUAUGUUGGAGUUCUACAUAGGUUUUUUCUUUUUUUUUUUUUUAUUGCUUUAAAACAAAGUUUGAGAAGUCAUUAUAACCACUGGUUAAGAUUAGAAAACAACUGGGUUUCAGCCCACCUUUUGGAAUAACCCUCCUUGUGUUCUUUUCUCAUCCUACUUGAAGAAACGUUCCUGAUUAGGUUUGAACUACACUAAUUCUACAUUACGAUGUCCAUUCAUUCAGUAAACAUUUAUCAAUGCCUGUUCUGUACCCAGCCACUGUGAUAGACGCUGAGUAACAAAAAGAUGAGUGGGAUUUGGUCUUGACCCUCGCGGUGUGCUUAGUCGUGUGGAGGUUACUUUCUCUCUCGGGACCCGUCACUUUACCAGAAGGAAAUCUGCCUAAUUUCUCUUGGAAGCUAAAUAGUCUUAUUCUGUACUCUUAAUCUUCAUUCUGUAUUCCGAGUAUAUAUUUGCAAAUUGUUGAAUAUCUAGUUUGUUUGUUUUUUUACCUUAAAUCAUAUCCGGUUUGGUUUUUCAUCUGUCUUUUAAACAUUGUCAGAUUUUCUCCUUUGUUAAAAUUAUUUUAAUUUCACUUUUUUUGUACCUUUAUUGUCAGUUUCAUCAAGACUAAAACUUUGAAAGUGAAAAACAAUCAGUCUAGGCUCUUGCUAGUUGAAAUCUAAUAAAAGAGUUUAUAUACCCAGUUAGUUUCUCUACCUCUUCCAAAAGCUGUCCAAAUAUACCUUUAAGAUUUUUCUGUCUUUUUAAAAUAACUAAAUACUUUGAGCAUUUAUUCAGUAAUAGGUACCCUCCUGGUCUGGUUGAUUGGGGGAUCUAAAGUAAAACAAGACAAUCGUCACUGUACUUAAAAAUUUGUCUUAUGUGCAGUCUUGGCUUUCAUAGCCAAACAUUCCAGUUUCCUCCGUUUGCCCCCCUCCGCACCACCCACUCAGCAUCUCUAGAUAAUUAAGUAGUCUGUGGAAAUAAGCAACACAUGAUCUGUUCUUUUACUCAGAUCUAACACAUGAAUGUUUAGACAUAACAAAUUAUUGCCCAUUUUGUUUCCUCCAUGGACUUUACUUUGCUAAAUCCUUCCUAUUCAUCAGCUGAAUUUUAUUCUUCCUCCCCUUCUCUUGACAACAUGUGUCCCUAGUGGUUUUGCUGGUUGCCCUCUUCCUUGCCAACCAUAUUUUAUCUGCAUACAUCCUAAUGUUUCUCUCCUUUGAAUUUUACUAAGGACCAAACAGGAUGGUGCUGUUCAGACCCAGAGUCCUAGCUUCUUUGCUCUGAAGGUUAACGUUCACAUUGGUCAGUUCCUUUAACAGGAGACGUUUUCUCCAGUGAAAUGUCUUUGUGACGAGCAAAUAGCAUAAAUCAUCAGAUGCUAUUUUAACUCGUGGUUAGGAUGUGGACUUGUCUGGCAGUUGCAGCCUGCAAUACUAGUAGCCCUGUUUCCAUCAUGGAGCAUAUUUGAUUAUUGUAUUUAGUACAAUCGAGUAAUGGCGGUAGUGUGUGGUCUCUGGAGGUCGUCAGAAUCCUACUCUGGACUUCCUUUUCAAGUUUUCAUUAAUAUUUUGUCUGUUCAGACUACCUUUUUAUGGAUGGGGUUUGAGGGACAAAUUAUCUCUCGGUGUGGAAUUCCUGUGUUGCCUGAAACAGGAAAUGUGAACUAUACUAGAUGUAGACAGCCUCACGAUAGUCUUUAUGAAAAGAACGUCUUGUCUAAUUUGUUCCCAUGAUUUCUUGAGUAGGAACUGUUUUAUCUUGGAUAGUAUAGCUAACUUUAUAUCUAGCAUAACUGCCUUAAAUCUUUCUAGUAGGAAAUCAAUUAUAUAAUGUGUGUGUAUGGAGAU